UUCCCCAUGGCCGACCCUGAGAAGUUGCAGGUUUCUUCGCCGCCCCCGCCGCCUCGUUCUUCUCCCUCCUCUUCAGACGCCUCUGCAGCAUCUUCCCCUGGCAGCCCAGUGAGUUUGGGCUGGCCAGUUCCGAGCAGGAGCAGCGGCCGAACGGUGGACCCGCUGGAGGAAGUGGAGCUGCAGAUCGGAGACGCAGCCUUUUCAUUAACCAAACUUCUUGAAGCCACAUCUGCAGUAUCAGCUCAAGUGGAAGAACUUGCCUUCAAAUGUACAGAAAAGGCACGUUUCCUUAAAACGUGGCAGGCCUCUUGAAAGAAGGCUAUGAUUCUUUGAAACCUGAUGACUAAUUUGGCAUACUUCGCUGUUUAAUAAUGACUGCAAUAAUUCAUACUUCUUCUUAUGUCAUAUUUGUACGUGUACCACACGUAUAGGAUGACCUCUGUCCAGCAGUUCUGUAUAUACUCAGAAUGAAUUUUUUAUUGGUUUUCUUGGCUUUUCUGAAAGCAGAAUACUGAUGCUAUUUUUGUUGCAGCCCAGUACUUGUUUGUCCUUACAUACUUUAUGCCUCUGAACUUUCGUAGAAUCCUUUAUGAAAGUUAACUUCA